AUGGUCCAGGACUAUGACCAUCAAGGAAGUCAGAUAACGGAGCUGCAGGGACAGCUGGCUGCCCAGACGCAGCGGGUGGAAGCCCUGGAGGCAGAGCUUCAGGGUUUGAGGCAGUUGUUGGGGCAAGAUGCAGAGGAGAGCGAGGCGGAGACGUGCACACCGCCAUCCCCCAACAUGGUGGACUCUCCCACUUCGGGUUCCGACGAAGAGAUGGAGCCAAACCGAAGGGUCAUUGCCAACUCGCUCCUGAAGCAUCUCUAUGCCCUGGUUGGGGCCAAGGACAAGGAAAAGAAAGCAGUUGAAGCAUCGCAGGUCCAGGAGGCUCCUGAUGGCCAUGGCCCCAAGCCCACGCGCUGGAGGUGCGUGUGGCGCCCCGGCAUGGAUAUCAGGAGCGAGCGCACCGUUCAGCGCAAGUGCGUAGUGGGCUUCCUGAGUUGUGGCGAAGUCUUCAAUGUGAUUCAAGAGUGGCGAGGCAGAGAGGGCACCCUCUUCCUCAAGCUUGCCGGUGACAAGGGUUGGGUCUUCGACAAGACCCGUACCGGCACCUUCUGCGUGCCAGUGGGAAGCGAGUGGCAGGACUGGCGAGGUCCUGAGGGCCACAAGGCCUGGACGGUCAACAACAGAGAUCAGAAGCACGGAUCGUGGAACAACGCACCCAGCGGGAGUGGUCGCGAUCGCGGAGGCGACAAGUGGAAGUGGGCAUGGGAUGAUAAUGACCGUGGUUGGGGGAGCAGCAAAGAGUCCAGCUCUUCUUGGAAAGGCCAAGAAGACAACCGGCCAUGGGAUCAGAAAGAUCGUGAUGCUUGGAGCAGCAAAGAGUGGAAGCCUUGGGCGUGCAACGGCCAGAACAAGACGGAGUCACACAAGAAUUCGUGGUGA